UCGUUCGUCCGACCUGCAGACCCAUCCCACUGACAGGCUCAGCUAGUGGGCUGCACGCUGCACAACAAUAUCUUUAUGCUUUAAUACACCUCUAACAAUAACGACACCGAAGUCAGAAGAGGAUAAGAUGCCUUUGCCUGUGCAAGUGUUUAACUUUCAGGGGUCUGUGGAGCCCAUGCAGAUAGAUGCAGACCCCCAGGAGGACCAGCAGAAUGCUCCAGACACCAAUUACAUCGUGGAGAACCCAACACUGGACCUGGAGCAGUAUGCAACCAGCUACAGUGGAUUAAUGCGCAUCGAGAGGCUUCAGUUCAUCGCUGAGCAUUGCCCUCAGCUCCGGGUGGAAGCCCUGAAGAUGGCCCUCACCUUUGUCCAGAGGACCUUUAAUGUCGAUACUUAUGAAGAGAUCCACCGCAAACUCACAGAGGCCACACGGGAAGUGCAGGGUGUGCCGGACACAGUACCUGAAGGUGGGGUUGUUCCUCCUCCCCUAGACUCUGCCUGGGCUGAGUCCACCAGGAAAAAGGCUCUUCUUAAACUGGAGAAACUGGAUACUGAUCUCAAGAACUACAAGGGAAACUCCAUUAAAGAGAGCAUUAGGAGAGGCCAUGAUGACUUGGGGGACCAUUACCUGGACUGUGGUGACCUCAGUAAUGCCCUCAAGUGCUACUCCCGAGCCAGAGACUACUGCACCAGUGCUAAACAUGUCAUUAACAUGUGUCUGAAUGUCAUCAAGGUUAGUGUUUACCUCCAGAACUGGUCUCAUGUUCUGAGCUACGUCAACAAAGCAGAAUCCACACCAGAGAUAGCAGAGCAAAGAGGAGAGCGAGAUAGCCAAAACCAAGCGGUCCUCACCAAAUUAAAGUGUGCUGCAGGCCUGGCAGAGUUGGCCUCUCGAAAAUAUAAACCAGCUGCCAAGUGCUUCCUGCAGGCUUCCUUUGACCACUGUGACUGUCCAGAGCUCCUGUCACCCAGUAAUGUAGCUGUGUAUGGAGGCUUGUGUGCUUUGGCCACAUUUGACAGACAGGAGCUCCAGCGUAACGUCAUCUCCAGCAGCUCCUUUAAGUUGUUUCUAGAGUUGGAACCUCAGAUCCGUGACAUCAUCUUUAAGUUCUAUGAGUCGAAGUAUGCAUCUUGUCUCAAGCUCCUCGAUGAAAUGAAGGAUAACCUCCUGUUGGACAUGUACCUGGCCCCACAUGUCAAGACACUGUACAGCCAGAUAAGGAACAGAGCCCUCAUUCAGUAUUUCAGCCCCUACGUGUCAGCAGACAUGACUAAGAUGGCGCAGGCCUUCAACACCACAGUAGCAGCUCUGGAAGACGAGCUCACCCAGCUCAUACUGGAGGGGCUUAUCAAUGCACGCAUCGACUCCCAUAGCAAGAUUCUGUAUGCGAGGGAUGUGGACCAGAGAAGCACCACAUUUGAAAAGUCGCUCCAUAUGGGCAAAGAGUUCCAGAGAAGAGCCAAAGCCAUGAUCCUCAGAGCUGCUGUGCUGCGCAAUCAGAUCCAUGUUAAGUCUCCACCCAGAGAGGGCAGCCAGGGUGAACUGACUCCAGCCAACAGCCAGACCAGGAUGAGCACGAACAUGUGAGGAGGAACUCCUCGUAAAAGUCUGCACACUGACUCUGCCUGCAACAGCCGCAGACUGGAGGGGAAGGGUCACCCACUCAUUCAUCAACACCAACCCCCAACCCCAACCCACCUGCUGUCUCUCUGCUAAAGACAGAAAUGCCACACAAAAGACUUUAAUGUUGUGAAAUGAUCUCUGUUAUCCCCACCAGGUGAUGUGGGGGAAAUCCUUUGUUAGUCUGACAAUAUGGAGAUUUGGACAAGAACAAAAUGUGUUUUGUUAAAGCUCAGCACUUAAGCUGUAUGUUACUGGUAGGAGAUGCACUUUGCUCUGCUUACACAUGAUGGAGGCCUCAUUAACAGAAACAAGGUUUUAAAAUAAAAACGCCUACCAAAACAUACA